CUGAAGGCGAGUGAAUGACGAUCAAAUUAUGCCUCUAGACUCGAAAGUAUACUUCUUUACCUCUUACCUGCUCUUUUUCGAAAAUCAAAAUCGGUUGGACACGAGUUACACGCAUUUACUUUAAGACAGACGUUCCUUUUCCUCUUUUUCACUACUUUAUGCUCGAUUACUGUUGGUCUACGGCGUCAACGCAGCCUUUGAAUAUGUCCAGGGAGAAAUACGACUGCUCGGUAUGGGGAUUCGGUUGGAGAGGUCCAGGAAAGUCACUUUCUGCUUCCAUUCUUUCGUACAGCAUCUUCCUUACUAUGUUGAUAAAUGCUCUCUUUCUUUUUAUGUCGGAGUCGAUGCAGAUCUUCUUGGCUAUUUUCAUGUAUCCCAUGUCUUCGUUCUUUUUGCUUGUCCACUUUUGGCCACUUCAAUUGCACUGAGAUAGCGUAGCCAUAGGAGUUUACAUGUCGGUCAUUUUUUAUUUCCUUUCUUACUUUGUCUUUUUCUUUCUGUGUCCUUCAGUUACUAU